AUGUCUGUGCUUUUAGACUUUCUUAUACUUACAGCUAAAGUAUUUGGCUACAUCAUCCAUGCUCUGCUUCGGUGGGUAAAGAAACCUGCAGAGAAAAGAGUCACUAAUGAAAUCUGCCUGAUAACAGGUGCAGCCAGCCCAACUGGCAUUGGGAGGUUUUUUGCAUUGGAAUUUGCCCGACGAGGAGCAACACUUGUUUUGUGGGAUAUAGAUACCGAAGGCAAUGAAAAUGCAGCCAGGGAAGUUCGCAAGCUGGGAGCGAAGGCUUACAUUUAUACUUGCGAUGUGAGCCGGAAGGAAGAAGUCUAUAGCAUUGCCGAGUAUGUGAGAAAGGAUGUGGGCAAUGUCACAAUCUUGGUCAAUAAUGCUGGCAUUGUAGCUGGAAAGCCCAUCUUACAGUGCCCUGACGAACUGCUGGAAAGAACCAUGAGGACUAACUGCCAUGCUCACUUUUGGGUAAGUGUGUAUUCAGGCUCCUGAAUGAGAGGAAGGCUGAAUUGUGAACUUGCAGCUCUUGACGGUCAAUAUAGCCCAGCUGAGGAGAUGAACUAUGCAACCACCUGGAGUGCAAAACAUCCAUGCAGAGAGCAUCUGUGUCAGCUGUGAAAAUACCGGGGGAUGGGGAGCAGAAGAGAGUGCCCCUUUUUGCACCUUUGGAAGAUGCAUAUAGAAGCAAUUCUUUGACUGGGGAAGUAUUCCUCCCAAUCCAACUGUAUCCAUGGCACUGGCUAAUUAGACCAUAAAUACAACUGUGACAAUGGUGAUAGAUGUUCAUAGAUUAUUGGCAUGCCUUUCUAAUAUGUUUGAUUAAUGGUGGCUGGGAAUGGCAGUGUUAGUACAUUAGAAUCCAGAUUAAUUAGUUUGGGAAACAUCAGUGGAAUAAUAUUCUUAUUUUCAUCUUUAGUUUAAGCAAUUUCAUUCUUUUCCUUACUUUGUGAUGGGUGUACUCUUGAUAUAUGCUUCUCAGCAAAUGAUGAAGUAUGUGGCUCAAAACACAUUAGUUAUAUCAGAUGUUAUAUGUUUCAAGUAUGAAAUUUCUGAUAUUUCUAUCACAAUAUUCAAUGUAGCAUAGGAUAACACCGAUGAAUAGAAAUAUACAACUGACUAAAAAUAUUAUAAACGGAUUUAAACAUUGGCCUUAGAAACAGCUUUAAAAUCUGUAAUAAUAGUUUAACCCUGCAGAAGGCCGUUGCCUUCUUAACAGAUCGCACAACGAAAAAUCCCAUGGAAGGAUUUCCACUAGUGCAACAGGGCUCCCCCCCCCCAUCCUGAUGCCCCUCACAAAUUGUCUUUUGUGGGGUGUUGUCGGGGAAAACCCCAGAACAGCACAUGUGAGGUGUUGGGGGGGGAUCAUCAUCAUCAUCAUCAUCAUCAUUUUUAAUUUGUAUACUGGCUUUCUAUCUUACAAUACUCAAGGCGGUUUACAAGCUGAAGAAACAAAAAAUGUACAUCUUAUAACAAUCUGGAAAGCUGAAAUGUUUGUGCUGGUGGAAUGAACACCAUAGUGCUAUGUUGAAUUCUUCUCAAAAUUUCUGAUCUUUGCUUGGCAAGUUCAAUGCUAUAUUCAUACAGUUUGGCACAUAAAGUGUCUUAUCCCAACUACACAUUAAAAGCACUCUUAUACCACUUUAAGUGCCCUAACUUGCUUCAAAAAACACAUACCUGGGAACUGCAGUUCGUUACAGCUGCUGGAAAUUUUAACUCUGUGAGAGGGGGUCACCUAGCAACUCUCAGCACCCUGAACAAACAACAGUUCCCAUUUUUCUUGGCAGGGUGGUAAGCCAUGACUGUUCAAGUGGUAGAAGAGUACAUUAAAGUCAUGGUGCGGAUAUGACCAAGGAGUUAUGCAAAGGGCUAUAUUUUGUAAUUAUUCAAUCAAGUUCGCCCUGCUCACUCAUGCAGUGUGGAUGGGUAGCUUUGCAGCAGCUAAUUCUGAAAAGCAGCUUAUCAGUUCCGUCUUGCAGAACAUGGCCUGGCUCUCAUUAAUCCUACUUUGCAGAGCCUGAAAAGAUGGAGAGACAAUCAAAUGGAGGGCAAUUUUAAGAGGAUUGCAAUGAAAACUAAUCUCGUUACACUCUUUUAUCCUUGUCACAUGUGCCAUUAAGACUCAAAUUUCUGAAGGAACUUUGAAUAGGCAUUAAUGUUUCUUACUUGGAAGACGAAAAGGGGAAAUUGGGAAAUACAUGGAUGAAAGCAAAGUUGUGGUGACUCCUCCUCUUUCUAGGUGAACAAUUAGAACAUAUUUGGAAAACAGAGACCUCCAGUCACUCCAAGCCAGAGUGUUUGCAUCUUGUCUGCAUUAAGCUUGGGUUUGUUCAACUUGAAAAUAAAAUAACAAUAACAAUAAUCAUUUGUUAUUUAUACCCCAUUGGUCUGGCUGGGUUUCCCCAGCCAUUCUGGGUGGCUCCCAACAAAAUAUCAAAAACAUGAUAAAACAUCAAACCUCCCGCCCUGUGGAAGGGCCUCCCAUCGGAUGUCAAUUGAAAUAAACAGCUAUCUGACUUUUAGAAGACAUCUGAAGGCAGCCCUGUUUAGGGAAGUUUUUAAUGACUGAUGUUUUAUCAUGUUUUUAAUAUUCUGUUGGGAGCUGCCCAGAGUGGCUGGGGAAACUCAGCUAGAAGGGCAAGGUAUAAAUAUAUUAUUAUUAUUAUUAUUAUUAUUAUUAUUAUUACUACUACUACUACUAAUAGCCACCAAUAAUUUUACCUACAUUGUAUCCUGUAACAGUAAAAAAACUAAACAGAUUUCUGCUUAUAGAAAGAAAAUGGAGCUACUUUGAUCUCUAUUUCUAAAAUAAUAAAAAAAUACUGAUGAAAUACAUGUAGCUUUUUUAAAAAAAAAGUUGGUAUGAAUAAGAGCUAAGCUCAGAAGAAGUCAAAAUUAAGAAAUAUUACCCUUGUGUAUACAAUGAUAUAUUUAAUAGGACAGUUGUAGUGUGUGUGUGUGUGUGCGCGCGUGUGUGUUUACAUAUUUCUAAUAAAAGAAACUAAACAGAUUUGUUCUUAUAUUCUGCUGGUACCUUUGCAAAGCAGGCCUUCAAACAUUACAACUGCUGCUUACUAGUUGCAAAUCUGAACACACAAAAAGGAAACAUGAGUAUAAUCAAAACUCUCUUAUCCCCUUUUGCAGACAGUCAAGGCUUUUCUUCCACAAAUGAUUGAGAGAGAUCAUGGCCACAUUGUGACAGUCGCAGGAUCAUUUGGACUUUUUGCAACAGGUUGUCUGGAGGUUGGUAAGCGACACGUCGACGGAAGUUCACAAAAGCUAAAUUGCCACUUUGACAUUUGCAUGAUUUAUGUCUAUAAUCCAUCGGUUCCCAAGGCCAAGCAUCACUAAUGAUGCAGGGCAUCUCUCUCAUUGCAGGGUCUUACUAAAACAGUGGUAAAGCCCCUAAACUGCCCCAGAAACUGCUGCUUGCCUUCUAUCACUGUGCCAUUGAGAGCGUGCUCACUUAUGGCUUAUGUGUGUGGUACGGAAGCUGUACUACCCAGGACAGGAUGGGGUUGUGCAGGGUUGUUAAGGCAGCAGAGAGCAUUGUUGGCUGCCCACUCUCCACCUUAGAGCAGAUUUAUGCCACAAGGUGCCAUAGGAAGGCACUGGACAUAGUAAAAGAUCCAUCGCAUCCUGGUCACUGUCUCUUGAGCUCUUGCCGUCGGGACGGAGAUACAGAACGAUGAAGACAAGAACGAGCCGUCUUAAGAACAGCUUCUUCUCCAGAGCGAUCUCGGCCCUGAAUGGGAAGCCCGGACUUUGAAAGUCAUCUAAUCUCCCUUGCUGUAUUAUACUGUAUUGAUUAAUUAGAGUUUUUAUGGAGCAGUCAAGUAAUUUCGUUGUCCCCGAAGGGGGCAAUGACAAUAAAGAUAUUAUUAUUAUUAUUAUUAUUAUUAUUAUUAUUAUUAUUAUUAUUAAGUUAAGCAUGUAAACGGGAAAAUGUUGCUUGUUUCCUCAGGGUUACUGCGCUAGCAAGUAUGCCGUGGUUGGAUUCCAUGAAGCUCUGAGCCAUGAGCUGAAAGCCAAGAGAGUCAGUGGUGUGAAGACUACCCUCGUUUGUCCAUAUUUCACGGACACUGGCAUGUUCCAUGGCUGUAGAAUCAGGUAA